AUGGAGUCUGGCGAUGCAGAUAUUCCUACAUACCAGCCCGUUGGUAAUGUUCAGGUGUCCCCAAAUUCUGGAAGGAUGACAUUUAUUCCAGAUGUUGAUGAUUUGAUUAAACCUCAGAUGCAUAUGCUGUUUAAUUCGCUGGAAAAUGCCUUUCUUUUUUACCAAAGAUAUGCUAAGGCGGGAGGUUUCACAGCUAGGAAGGAUACUCAAUACGAGCCUCGAAAGGGUGUAAUACAUAAUAAAUGGGUUCCUUCUAUAAGGACCGGAUGUGAAGCGUGCAUUCGGGUUAAGUUAACCCCGGAUAAUCUUUACGUGGUUUAUUACUUCGAGGAGUCGCAUAAUCACUCAUUUGUUGCUGAAGAUGACAGGUACUUGCUUCCUGAAAACAGAUCUAUGAAUUACGUACAGGAAGAAGCCGUGAAUGCUUUGAGUGCCAUAAACGUUGGUCCAGUUAGAGCGUUUAACAUUAUGAGGACUCUUUAUGGAGGUUUUGAUAAGGUAGGUGCCACUAAAGUUGACUUCAAAAACUUCAAGAGAGACUUAAAUAGGUAUAUGACUGAGUACGAUGUUGACAUGGUUAUCAAACGCCUAAGAAGGAAGAAAGAAUUUAUGCCCAAUUUCUCUAUGGAAUACCUUACAACUGCCGAUGGCGUUUUACGUGCAUUGUUUUGGGCCGAUGGUGAUACAAAGAGAAAUUUUAAUAUUUUUGGGGAUGUUGUGUCCUUUGAUGCUACUUAUCGUCGUAACAAGUACAAUAUGAUGUUUGUACCUUUUACCGGCAUUGACAAUCACUAUCGUAAUGUUACCUUGGGUGCUGCUAUAAUAGGGGAUGAAACAGCCGAAACAUAUAGCUGGUUGCUUAACGCAUUUCGGCAGGCGUUUGGGCGCGCACCACCUGUGAUUGUAACUGAUCAAGACCCAGCGAUGAGGAAAGCUAUUCAAGAUACUUGGCCUGAAAGUAGGCACAGGCUUUGCAUGUGGCAUAUAAUGGAGAAACUUACAACCAAGGUUGGCGCCAACCUAUGCAAUAGCACCGAUUUUAAGAAGAGGUUGUGUGAUAUUGUUUGGACCGAUGCAUUACUACCAGAACAGUUUGAAACCGAAUGGGGUGUUAUAUUGGCUGAUUUUGAUUUGGUGAAUCAUGAAUGGUUACAGUCAAUUUAUCAGAUUAGGGAUACAUGGAUCCCGGCGUACUAUCGUGAUCAACACAUGUCUGGGCUGAUGCGUACCUCAUCACGUUCGGAGAGUGAGAACCAUUUCUUUGGGCAGUUUUGCAACCCGAACUGUACGCUUGUUGAAUUCUUGGGGCAUUUUGAUUCUGCAAUUGAAGCCCAAAGACACGAGCACAGGAAGAAUGAUCACGAUACUAGGCACACGAACCCCCAAAUAUUUGCAAAAGAGUUUGUCUUAGAACAACAGGCGGCAAACAUAUACACACGGACAAUUUUCUUUGAUGCGCAACUUGAAAUUCAGACAGCCAUUCACAAGUGUGGUAUUGGAAAAUGGGAUGAUAGAGAGGAUAACUUUGUGAACAUCUCUGUUAUGAUGCGGCAGCUAGACAUGACCGUGAGUUGUUCAUGCAAUAGGCAGUUCCCUGAAAGGUAUAUAAUGCGACGGUGGACCAGGGAAGCUGUUCCUAAUAGUGCCCCUGGAGCGAUAUUAGGGAUUAGUGAAAGUGAUGAUCGGUACCAUCAAGUUAAUGGUGUUGUAAGGGAGAUAACAAGGUCAGCCGAGUCUCUUAUUAACAGGUUGGUUCAUAACUUUGAUGCGUUGUGCGCUUUCAGGGACCAUGUUGUCCAGUAUGAAUCGACCGUUGAUCAGGCAGUCGUAAACGCACCCCCUAGGAGUCGUCGCGAUAGGUUUGCUGAAAUAACUGGAUACACGCAAGAAACACCUGUAACUGUUCGCAUGCCGAAAACCGUUAGAUUUAAAGGUAUGGGUAAACCUUCCAGAAUGAAGAGUAAUCGUGAAAUUGCCAUUAUUCAAUCUGCGAAGAAAAAAAAGGGUCGUGAAUGUAGUAAUUGCAAACGUCGGGGGCAUAAUAUACGUACCUGCACGUACCCGGCAAGGGAAAAGGCCGACGACUCCUCAGAAAGUGAUGAAGCGGCCCUUGAAGGAGACGACGAAGAGGAGCUAGAAGAUGCGGCGGGUGAAGGAGACGACGAAGAGGAGCUAGAAGAUGAAGAGCAGGAGUAG